AUGGCCUUGCCGUCUGCUCUCUUAUCGCUGUCGCAGUCGCUGCUGCUGCUGCUGCUGCCGCUGCUGCCGCCGCCGCUGCUCGCGAAGCAGCUGACGGGGACCGCCCGCACCCACCGGACUUCCCAGCGGAGCCCGGCACGCCCCAGCCCCACCGACAGCUGCGGUCCCCAGGAGUACUGGUCCCCAGGUCACUGCUGCCUGCUGUGCCCCGCGGGGGAGCAUGUCCGUGAACCCUGCAGCCACCCCCACACCCGGGGACAGUGCGACAAGUGUGACCCAGGCACGUUCACCAGGCUCCCCAACGGCCUGGAGUCCUGCCUGCUGUGUGGCACCUGCCGAGAGGACCAAGACGAGGUGGCCGAGUGCACUGCCACCAGCAACACGAGGUGCCAGUGCCGACAAGGCCGUUUCUACAAAGCCCCUGGCGACGAGGAAUUCUGCACGAGGUGUAGCACGUGUCCCGAGGGGACAGUGGUCCUGCAGCAGUGCAACUCCACAGCGGACACGGUGUGCGGCCCACCCGGUCCAGAGGGCAGACACCGGCUCUGGUUGGUCGGGAGCUUUGUGAUCUUCUCCGCGGUUCUGGGCAUCACCAUCGUCACUGCCCGCACGAAGAAGCCAAAAGACGGAGGAUUCCAGCCCGUGUGCAGCGGGCCCCCCAGCAGUGCGUGCUCAGAGUUGGAGUCCCUGGAGGAGAGUGAGUGA